CUGCCUGGAUCUGCAUUGUCCGUUACCACCAGUAUCGGGACUGGGGGGUCAAAAAGUGGUUUAACCAGCUGAUCCUGUGGACCGGCCUCCUUUGUGCCCUGGGGACCUCCGUGGUAGGCAAUUUCCAGGAAAAGAACCUGAAGCCGGUGCACCUGGCGGGGGCCUUCCUCGCUUUCGUCUUCGGCAACACCUACUUCUGGCUGCAGCUCCUUCUUCGGUGGCAGAUAAAAAGCCUGCCCCAGCCCGGGGCCCCCUGGAUCAGGCCGCUCCGCCUGGUCCUCUGUAGCCUCUGCACCGUCCUCAUUGUGGCCAUGAUUAUCCUGCACACCCGGUUGCUGCGCUCCAUCUCGGCUAUCUGCGAGUGGGUGGUAGCCAUGCUGCUGUUCACGCUCUUCGGCCUCUUGGCUGUUGACUUCUCCAGCCUGGAAGGCUGCACCCUGUGCCUUCAGCCGGGGCCCAGCCUCGGUCCCCCACCGGUCUCCCCCACCUCCCCGGCGCUCCCGCUGUCACAGGUGUCCUGA